UUGCAGGAGCCAAGUAUCGAGCCAAGUGAAAAACAUGAACCUUCAAAAGUAACUAAGACUGAACUUGAACCGAUCCCAGAUGAACCAUUCUCGUUUAUUGACGAGCAACUUCAAUCCACCACCGUAGCUGCACGCUCUUCCCCAUGUCCUUCGUCUGAACAGCCCCUGCGUAGAUCGCGCCCAGAUGCCGUGAUGCAGGGAAUUGAGGAUCCUUGUGGUGAGGUACCACUACCUCCGACCAUUCCAAAACGGAAACGUGUGCAAUCACUGUCCGCUACAGAAACCAUCUCGCCAUCAAAAGAUGUUCCAAAUAAGGAAUCGGAGCAAAAAGAGAAGAGUGUUCCUAUUCUUCCUGAAGAAGAACUGCGGAAGAGCGCGUCUCCAUCCGUACCACUUGAGACCAAGCCACCUGCUAAAGAACCGUUUGUACGUCCUCAUGGGUUUGAUCGUGGUUUAACGGUCGAACGCAUUCAUGGGUUUAUUCGACGGGCUGACCUCUUGUUUGCCGUCGUUCAGUUCAAAAAUUGUGACGUAGUUGAAAUUCUGGCGACCCAGAUUGUCAAGCAUUAUGAGCCAAUGGCUUUGAUCCGUGGCUUCGAAGAGCAUCAUAUCCGAUCUCGCAGAAAUGCAAUUUUGUCGUCACCUCAGCCAGGUACUAAACAGCAAGUGGUAGGGUAA